GCCAUUUGUUGUCAGACAGGAAAAGCUGAAUGUAACGACGGUUGAACCCGAAGGACGCGCGUGUGUGUGUGUGUGUGUGUGUGUGUGUGUGUGUGUGUGUGUGUGUACUAACCCGGAGGCAGCACACUGAGGACGAGGAACAAACAUUUGAAGGACACUGAGCUGCACCGACCAGUAGACACACAAAGUGGUUUGGAGGAUGAGUGGAGAUGGGAUGGAGGUGAAGGGAGGCGCGAGGAGGACACUCCGGUUCCAGCGUCCGCACGCAACGGUGCCCCAGUUCACCAACUCCCCGACCAUGAUCGUGAUGGUGGGGCUCCCAGCCAGAGGGAAAACCUACAUCUCUAAGAAGCUCACCAGAUACCUGAACUGGAUCGGAGUGACCACUAAAGUGUUCAACGUCGGGCAGUACAGAAGAGAUGCCACUCGUUCCUACAACAGCUUUGAGUUCUUCAGACCCGACAACACAGAGGCCAUGAAGAUACGCAAGGCGUGUGCCGUUGCUGCCCUGAAAGAUGUGUGUGACUACUUCACCAGAGAGCUGGGCCAGGUCGUGGUUUUUGAUGCCACCAACACCACAGCCGAGCGCAGAGAGGUCAUCCUCAGCUUUGCCAAAGAAAACGGCUACAAGGUUUUCUUUGUGGAGUCUAUAUGUGACGAUCCAGAAAUCAUCGCUCAGAACAUUAAACAAGUGAAGCUGAGUAGUCCGGACUACGUGGACUGUGACAAAGAGGAGGCUGUGGCCGACUUUCUGAAGAGGAUUGAAUGUUACAAGCUGACCUACGUCCCACUGGAUGACAACAGGGACAGGAACUUGUCGUACAUUAAGAUCUUUAACGUGGGCAGCAGGUACCUGGUGAACCGGGUCCAGGACCACAUCCAGAGUCGGAUUGUCUACUACCUGAUGAAUAUCCACGUCACCCCGAGAUCCAUCUUCCUGUGUCGCCACGGAGAGAGCGAGCUCAACCUAGUGGGUCGUAUCGGAGGUGACUCUGGGCUGUCACCUCGUGGGGCAAAGUUUGGCAGUUCUUUGGGCGCCUACAUGCGUGGUCAGUGCAUCAGCGACCUGAAGGUUUGGACGAGCCACAUGAAGAGGACGAUCCAGACCGCUGAGGCUCUGGGAGUCCCGUACGAACAGUGGAAGGCCCUGAACGAGAUCGACGCUGGUGUCUGUGAGGACAUGACGUACGAGGAGAUUCAGAAGAAUUACCCGGAGGAGUUUGCACUGAGGGACCAGGACAAGUAUCGUUACCGCUACCCCAAAGGAGAGUCCUAUGAGGACCUGGUCCAGCGUCUGGAGCCGGUCAUCAUGGAGUUGGAGCGACAGGAAAAUGUUCUGGUCAUCUGUCACCAGGCGGUGAUGAGAUGUCUGCUCGCCUACUUCUUGGACAAAACUGCUCAUGAGCUGCCAUACCUGAAGUGUCCUCUGCACACUGUCCUCAAACUCACACCGGUCGCCUACGGAUGUAAAGUGGAGUCCGUCUUCCUCAACAUCGAAGCCGUCAACACACACAGAGACAAACCUGUGAAAGAUCCAGAUAGAUUUAUGACUUUGCCCGUUCUACAGCCGUCUGUCCCGCAAUUUCAUUACUCUGAUUAGGCGACAAAAACAGAGACCCUGUAGUGAAGCUUACCGAGAACGUUGAUGUGGACAGAGAGCCAGAGGAGGCGUUGGAGACGGUCCCUGAACACAUCUAGAGGAAAAACAACCAGCUGGUUUCAUGGAAAAUGUCCUUUCUAAUUUAAGUAAUCAAAGUGUUCGUCGUGAUGUCUGAAACAGACAUUUCUUUUCCAUCGUAAAGCUCUUAAUCGAGCCAAAUGUCUGAGACACGAAGAAGACAAAUGAACUGCUGAACAAUGAACACAUGACCAGCG